CAUCCAUCUGAUACCCGAGUCCAGCCUGCCGGUGUUGCAUACGCAUCAUCUGCCAUUGCUGCUAGUGUAUUAAUUGCUUGGAAAGCUCCAGCAAAGGCAUCGGUAGCAAUGUCGCCGAAGGUCUCGGUCCGCACUGCCGCAGGUGCUAGAAAAGGCAAAGACGACGUGGAGAAGCUCCUAUCCGACCUUGACUCGCUGGCUCCGCUGUCCUCUUCUUCUUCGCAAACCGAUACGGCUGCUCGGUCCAGCAGCGAGGCUGCCACAGCGACUGUCGCACCAACGGCAUCCACUGGGAAGAAGUCUGGUGAGCAUCCGGACGCGCAAAGCUUGCUGGACGACUUGGACUCGUUAGUGCAGCGGAGGCCGCUCAGUCGGGGGGCUAGCUCGAGAGGGGGGACACCGAGCAAGACUACCUCUCUGAGCCGGACCACGAGUGAAACUGGCCUCUCCAAAUCAAGGUUAACCCAAGACACAUCGACUGCAUCGGGGACAGGGGCGUCUGCAGACCUAGAUCCAGCUGCCAUCCAGCCUGACUCAGCCGCCGAAGCCGUGACGGGUGCCACCUCAUCAGCUCCCGCAGGCGCUGGUGCAGGUGGUAAUGCUGGUGCCUGGGGAGCAUGGGGAAGCGUGUGGACUCAAGCAACAAAGCUCGCGGACAAUGCACGAGCAGAGCUGGAAAAGCGCGCGAAUUCCGAGCAGGCCAAAGAGCUGAGUGCCAAGGGCUGGGGAUUUGCGCAGAAUAUGCGAGGCUUGCUGCAAGAGACUGGCUUGGAAAAAAUCGGCGCAGAUCUGACGCAAGUCGGCCGCAAAGGCUGGACGGACAUCAUCAAUGCUGUCGCCCCGCCAAUCGCUGCACACGAGAUCAUCCAGGUCACUCUAUCACACGAUAUGAUCGGCUACGACGGCAUCUCCGAAGUGGUCUUCCGCACGUUGACUCGCGUAAUGGAGCAGCACGCCGGCGAUUCCUCAACAGAGCAGCAAUUAGUGGUCAACAAGCCGCCAAAGUCCGAGGCACCCGCCACGUCAUCGACGCCGAGCGCAAGCGCAAAACCUGCUGAUGCAGAUGUCGAGAGGGACAUCAAUGCGGUCGAGGGAUUCGAGGAGGCUGUCAAGGUCGCAGAGGUGAAUGUCGAGCAGCUCAUCAAAGCAUCAUCCUUUUCUUCCUCUGCCUCAUCAUCGCAAAACGCAAAGGGCAAAGAGGCAGAGAAGGCUGCUCAACCAGCGGACGCGAGUGCGAAGACCUCGUCGUCCAACAGUGUGGCACUGCCGAUCACGACGUGCCCGGUGUACGUCCGCAUCCAGCCAUGCGUAGCGCCGCUGCCGUGGGGUAGGUCGUUGAGCAAAUAUCUCUACUUUAUCAUACUGCUCAAGGACCCGUCAAAUGGAUUAGACCAUCAGACAAUCAGCCAGGCGGUGCCGCAGACAUGGCUUGAGGUCCCUUUCGAACAAAAUGCAUGGGUUGAACAAGGCCUCACUGACGUGCUGGAGGUAGCAUUAAGUGUCAUUGGCCAGGACUACGUCAAUGGGCGAAUGACUGGCCGUUCAAGCGCUAGCAAAGAAACUUCUGAGGUCUAAUGUAAUUUAAUCAUCAGGUAUUCCAGGAG